AGAAAAAUCAAAAUAACCAAAAAAAUAUGUAAGGACAAGGUGAAGAAUGACCUGUGACCUGUUAUAAGACCCACUCUAGGUCAGGGCCACUGGACGGACGCAGCUCCUCUCCUCCCUUCCUUAUUUUGUCGGGAAAUCGUACUUUCUCGCCCACAUUGUCGACCAUGUUGAUCCGAAGGCUUGCAACUCUCUCCCUUCUUACGUCCAUGGACAAAAUAGCCCCUGCUUGAAUAUUCUUCUGAUUUUUUUCUCUCCUUUCUUUCACUCAGUUCAAAUUAGGUCUUAGGGGCAGGCAGUCUUGCUUUGCACUUAGCUUUAUUACGUUCUGUAGUGCCACCACGUGUGUGUAGAACCAAUAUAUAAUGGAAGAUUCAAAGUCUGUUGUGCCAAGUGGAGCUUAUGGCAUCCCCAAGUGGAUUAUGAAGAAAGGAAUGAGGUAUGAGGUGGACGACUUCAUUGUAUCACCCCCUUCACUAGAUGAUGGGGGCUUCCUGAGGCUCCGCUAUGGUCGUGCCUGCAGCCCCCAGAAGCCAGAUGGGGGCAUGACUGUAGAGGUGAAAGACGACACCCUGCAGUUUUCCCCGGACACCACUCCCACCUCCACCACCAUCUCCAUCGGACCGGGAGGGUUCUCAGUGGAACCGUCUCCUGCCACCACUCCUCUCACCACCCCAGAAACCAAGGCAGAGACCUCUGACGUCCACCCUCUGCUGGUGCUGCCUAUGAACAUUAAAGGAGAACCCAAAUUUAUAGUGAAGGUAGAACCUCCAGAUUCCCCAAAGACCAACACCGAAUCCCUCGGCCCCACAGCUGCUCCAGCAUCCAAAGAGCUCUCCACCACCACGAGCCUGGACUGCAUUGCAAACCAGAACAACACACUCCUCGAGAAGGUCCAGUCACUGUCCUUGGCCACCACCCCAAGCCACAGCGUGCCGACGUCCCCAGUGACCAGCCCCUUCACCACCCCCAAGAACUCUCCGAUUCUCGGCCGCAAGUGUGUGGUGGGCGUGGCAAUGGAACCGCAAAGGAAGAUCUCGGCUCACAGCUACUUCUGCACCAAGCAGCUGCAGGACAACCAAGGCAGUAUUAGUGCUGCUGUGUCCUCCCUGAAGGAGGAGGUGUCUGUGAACACCAAGCAGCUGGAGGAAGGGGCCAUUGUGGCACCCAAAGUUAUGGGCCAGAGGAGGAGGCACCCAAAACCUUCUGCCCUCCGUGAAAUGAAUUUCUGGGCCCCCACCUCCAUGUAGACUCAGACCCAGCAGGAUGCCUCCCUGGGGCCAGCACGUCACUCCUCCAGUGAGUGCUCCCCAUUGAUAUUCAUGUUCAAGGUUGUUAAAUUAAGGCAGCUUUGUACUUUUAAACAUCAGUUGGUUGCUUGGAAUCUAGCCAUAUGUUGUCCUGUGUUAUGUUCAAAUUUAAGAUUAUUCAGUUUUAUGUAUUGAUAUGAGAUUAUAUUUUUAACUCCAACUAUACUAUGGUUAAUGUACAAACAUGUUUGAUUUUAAAUGAGCACUAGCUAUUGGUUGCUCAUGUUGAGGAGGAUUUGUUUGCUGCAUGCAGCCUUUUGUUGACAGCAUUUUCUCCAUGUAAUAAUAAAAUAAAGAGGAGUUUUCCUGCAGAAGUAAAGAGUUACCUUUACGUGUUCCUUGUAUGUGUUUAAUCUCACUUAAAGUAAUAAUGUAGCACUUUGUUUCUUUGAUGUCUGUCAUGUGCAUCGAGUGACGCUGUAUCCGUCACUGGCAGGUGACAGAGGGGGGACUGUUGGCUGCAGGAAUGUCUUUCACCUAUCCAUUAAACUCAACCUUGGACCAAGAUUCCUCUGGGUUGUCUUUCAUUUGUUUACACCUGAUGACAAAGUAAAGGUUCACUUCACUUCACUUGCUAUGAAUCAAUCAUUGCUCAUGCCAAAACGAAGACCCAAGACCAUUCUUGAAGCCAUGACUGGUGGAUUGUGGGUUGUGCAUGCCUUAAGCUCCUCUUGACAGGUGAUGUAGCCUUUCACCUGAUUUAUUGGUGUUAAGUAAGGAGUGCUUCACGCUUCCACGUUGCUUCAUACUGAGUGACAUAGACGUUUAAUAUUUCACUAAUCCUUAGUUGUUGGUUAAGGAUUUUGUAUAUGCAUGUUAUAUGAAUUUGGUCUAUAAAGUAUCCUAUUUUUGUACUAUUUGAUUCUUCAAUACUGAAAUGUCUGAAAAUUGGGGAUUAUUUUUUUUUAGGUUUUCUACAUAGUACCUUGACAAACCAUAUCUUAAUUAAGUCAGUGAUAUGUAUAUUUUGAAGUGCUACAAACUUAUUCAGUGAAUUUACCUGUAUGACAAAUUUACCUGUAAUUUUUAGAUCAGUAAAUUCAUUUGGUACUGGGAUAUCGUUUUUCAGUAUCCCUGUGAAUGACAAGUGAGUCUAGCUUGUUUUGAAGUGAGAAGGGAAUGGAGUGAAGCUCUUGGAUAAUGUAAGGAAAGGAUUUGCAUUUCCAGAAGUAAUAUGAAUGAAAGGUGACAUGGUAUUGAACUCUGAAUAUUGGUUUAUGGAAGAUGUAAUAAGAGAAUUACUCGUUCAAUCUGUAAAAAAAAAAGUGAAAAUAAUGCCCUGUCUUGACUUACGGUUCAUAUGGUUCAUACUUUAAGGAAGAAGAGUUACAAUAAAAAGUUUUGAUGUAAA